CGCGCGGUCAGAAGGAUUUUAAAUACGGAUUGUGUUCGAGGCUUUUCACACUUCUUUUAUUUAGUGUUUAAAGUGAUGGCGGAGCGGGGAGCCCGGCUGCUCCUCUCUCUUUUCUGCCUCACGAUCACAGUUUCACAUGCUGAAAAAGGAUCAGCAGUGAGGAACUUCAGCCCAUUCCAGUUCUCCAUGGAGCCGUCAGAUACGCUGGCAGUGCGGGGAGCGCCGACGCUGCUCAACUGCUCAAUCCACAGUGAGUUUCCUGCCAAGAUCGAAUGGAAGAAAGAUGGCUCUUUCCUCAGCCUGGCCUCAGACGAUCGCAGGCAGGUCCUGGCCGACGGUUCUCUGCUCAUCAGCUCAGUGGUCCACUCUAAACACAAUAAACCCGAUGAGGGGGUUUACCAGUGCGUGGCCACUAUAGACAACCUGGGCACCAUCAUAAGCCGUACAGCUAGACUCUGA